ACAGAGUUUUGUUGAUAACGGCUAGACGCAGCGCUCGCUGCCUCAAGCAUAACGAGAUCACCAUUUGGAAGCUCUUUCCCCGCCACCUCCAUCGAACCCCAAAGAAUUCUAUUUUUGCGUUUCGCACGCUCAGAACUCGAACGUAGUUGCCGGCUUUGCAGCGCAUAAUCUUUGAGAUGCCCCUACACAAAAGGAAACCUGUGGAAAUUCUACCACUUCCAACCCUGCCUGAAGGUGACGGUGAAGAGGUCUGGCAAGUACGAACGACGGGAGAAAUCUUUCAGAAUUACGAAGAUUACGUCGCCAGAUACAAUUUUCUUCGAAAAAAACAAUUCGCUUGCGCUAAAACUGGCCGGUCAAACCUAACCUAUGAGGAUGCUCUCAUAUCUGAACAGGAAGCCACAAGAAGAGUUGAAGAGAACUUUCCUGAGGUCUGGCGUAGACCUGCUAUGGAAAUCAUUCACUACAGUAUGGAGAAGCUUAAUUCUCUUGUAGAUCAUUUAUAUGAUUUUUUCAAAGACAGAAUAUUUGUGGGAGAGUAUAUCUAUAUUGACGUUGAAGGCACGCUGGCGCUUGCAAAAGUCUUGGAGGAGAUUCGCAAUGUCCGGGACGGGAACGGGUUCGUCUACACAAAUGGCGCGAAUGAUAAAGGGGUCGAUGUAGAGGGAAACGAUAAAAGUGGAUAUCGCUAUCGUGUCAAUCUCGUGGAUGAUCAAUAUGAACUACUGUCAAUGGAAGAUAUGGAUGGGGAUCUCGCUGUCGAGUAUGAACUUCCCGCUUCACAGCUGAAACGUGAUCGUCAGAUCUUGUCGAAACAAAACUUCAAGAAAUUUAUUAGAGAUGUUGCGACGAAGGAUAUGUGGGUUGGGGCACCGUGGACAGUGAGGUCAGAGUUCCUUAAGCGGUAUAGCGUUCCCGAUACUCCACCUCCCGCAGUACGAGAGCUACUUGACGAGCGACAUAGGAAGCUUACGGGUGAUACCAAGCCCGUUCACAAGAAAAAGGCCGCUGACAAUGGUGGUACCGAUAAGGGAAGUCCAAGAAAAGGUAAACAAAGGGCCAACGAUGAUUCGGAACUGGAUGAUGAUUUAAAGAAGAAAGGCCGAUCAAGAAAGUCAUCGACUUCUAAGCGGGGGGAAACCCCUCCGAAAUCGAAAGCUAAGCCAUUGCGCUUUCCAAUGGAAGACCUAGAGUUAUUGAAAUUGGCACCUCGUCCCAAGAGUCUAGGGAUACCGGACCGUCCAGAACCUUCCCGCGACUUUGGCGAAAUACCCGAGCACCUCACAACCGCUUUAAUGGAAGUAUGGACAUUCCUCGCUGUGUAUGGAAAGCCACUUCAACUGUAUCCAUUUACCUUGGACGAAUUCAUCAAAUCACUGUCACAUCAAGCUGCACAUCCGAGGGCAGUCCUAAUUCACGAGGCAUUCGGGUCUCUUCUUGCUGUAGCAUGUCAGGAGUGGAGCAAUAAACUGGACGCAAGUGCUACUCAUGUCAUUCCAAUACCGGACUUUGCGAGCAUUGAUCCCACUAAAGCGACACCGGGUGAAUUGUUCUUGCUCGAUAAACGAGAAGCUGUGGAACAGUACAAAGCUGUUUAUCAGGCGCUCACUGACGAUGAGAAGGCAGCACUGGAUCAGUGGUGGAAGUGGGAACCGGGGAGAUGGUCCACAGGUUACGAAUCGCAGAAAGUGAACGCCUAUGGAUCUGGCAAACAGGGUCCCGGGGCCGGCCGGUUGAAAGCCUGGGAGAUUGUUCUCGCUGGAGUCGUAAGAGAUUGGUUACAGCUUGAGCGCUUCCCGCGCAAAUGGGCCAUUGUAUCUCACUUACUAGGCGGCCUAAGACAACAAGAGGACCAAGUUGAUGUAACGGAUGAACAGGAUGAUAUCGCGAUGGAGGAGGAAGAUAUAGAUAUCAACGGAAGUGCAACGCCGGAGCGGAACGUUACACCCAUGGAAACAGACAAUGAUGAAGAGGAUGUGCCUCGACCGUUUGGCCUACGGAAACGGCGCCGCAAAGAUGAUGAGGAUGAUGACUUUGUUUUCGAUAAGAAGGAAGAACAGGGUUCGACUAGAAGCAAGCGUCGCGCUCGUCAGCCAGUUGACACUAUACCGGCCAAUGGGUCUCGAUCGAAAACUCGAGCUGCAGCUAAAGCGAAAGCCGACGCUGCUUUGGCCUUUGACCGAUUGUGCCAGUCCACGGAGUCUGGAUUCCUCUCUCUCAGUUGUAAUGACCGGUUAGAGCUAUUGUCAUUUCUGGUGCGCGAUUGUGUGGGACAAAGCUCUCUCAUCCGCGGAUAUGUCGAUGAGUGUAUCGAAAAAAGUUUCGAAUUGAAAAAGGAAAAAAGAGAAAUAGCGAAAGAACGCAAAGAUCUCUUAAUCAUGCGCGCUGAGUUUGAGAGUCGCGAUCGUGGGGAUUCACCAUUGAAUGACGGCGAAAAUGGUGUUGUUGCGUCAGCAUUGAUUGGUGCCUCAGAAGGGCAAGAGGUCAUCGACGACGCUGGAAAUUCAAGCUCAAACAGUUCAGAUGAAGAGUCGCCUAGGGCGUCCAGGUCACGGCAUACAUCACGUGUGCAGAAACUGAGGGAGGAGCAGGCUCGACGGGAGGAGGAAGACCGUCGAAGGCGGCAAGAAUAUGAACAAAUGCGACGCCACAGCAGAGCCCGACAAAAGGAGCAACGAGCGCGUGCGGAGGAACGUAAAAAGAUUGAGGAACAGGAACGAGUCCUUGCUCGCCGCGAGUUGACGGUCGACUAUCAACUGCGCGUCCUGACGGCCGCUUCACGGCUCAAACCACUCGGUCGAGAUCGAUAUUGGAAUCGGUAUUGGUGGUUUGAUCCAUCACUCGGGUCAUCAUUCGAGACCGACGCGAAUAAUGCAAAGAGCAAGACUAGGGCUCGAGGAGGACAGGCUCAAUCGGGGCAAUUGGAUUGGGUUUCAGGCAGGCUUUUUGUGGAGGACGUCGGCUUGGAACCAAGAACAAUCCUUCAGGAUGACGAGCAGGAUGUUGUGAAGCAAGGACUGACGCAUGGUGUGUGGGGUUUCUAUAGCGAGCCACAUCAGAUCGAACAGCUUCUUACCUGGCUGGAUCCGCGCGGUGUACGGGAGUUGAGCCUCAAGACCACGGUAGAGCGACUGGCAGAGCACAUCACUGCAGGCAUGCAACGACGCAAUGAGGACAUCACUGCAGCGAUUGCCCGACAAGAAGUUAUGUCCUCCCGGCGACCCACGCGGAGCACACGGACGUCUGUGGGUGGCACGGAUAACGAUGGGGCCGACGGGGAAGGACUAAUAUGGGAGUCGUACCUGGACUAUACAAAUCGGUGGGCAAAGUAGCGCACAUCCUUUUAGAGUGUCUAGGCAUGUUUUUGGUUCUGUCAAGUCUAUAUUUUUGUGUGAACAUGUUUAAUGUGGGGGCCUUUUUGCAAAAGUGAUCUGUAUAUAAUAGAACGGCGACUCUGCAUUGGUGAUUGCUCUUCUUUCCUA